GGGAUUUUAUCUGCAUACUGUGUUCGGUUCUACCGGGGGAUACUAACGGAAUCACGACUACAGUCAUGCGUUCAUCAACAGACGAAAAAUAAACAUUGCAACGGUGUCAUUCCGUUCAUAAUAGUAAUAUUUUAUGAAAUACCGUGCGGAAUAAGCAGCUACAUUUGACAUUUUGGGAGACUGGACUACUGCACCUGAACAGCAGGUAAUGUUAGCUAGCUAGCAGAUCAUGCUAACUGAGAUCAUCAUCAUUUUCGCCAGGUCCACCAGUUUAGCCAGCUGGCUAGGGCUGCUAGGUUGGAGGUGGCUAGCUUGGUGUCGUAUUGCUGGGACUAGCAAGCUAACUAGAUACAACACGAAUAAUGAUCACGAAUAGCUAGCUAUUGCUGUUGUAGUGUGUUGUAUUGUGAAAUGUGAUGCCUUGUUGUGAGAGCAGGUUAUCGCUGCCUUCAGCACUGUAACGGUACCAGUGCAGUGGACAGCUCAGCCAGCUAGCUAAGGAAUGUGGACACUGCAUCUUUACAUCGCAGCUGGCUACGCUGGAUAUUAUGCUCAAUUACGCAGAUGCUACCCAUAUUUAUAUUGAAACCAUUCCUAUCAUUAAUGUGAAAAGCUCAGUGUGUGUGAUGAUCGUGCUCUCACUCUCUCUCUCCUCCCCCCCCCCCUCUCUCUCUCUCCUCUCCCCCCCCCCCCUCUCUCUCUCCUCUCCCCUCUCUCUCUCUCUCUCUCUCCCUCCAUCUGCCAUCUGUCUCUCUCCCAAUGCUCUCUAUCCUGCAGAUUACCACCAUGGCAGACAGUUUUAUGGGCAAGGCUGCUACCAUGGAGAUUCCUAUCAACAGCAAUGGAGAGACCCUGGACGAGGAUGACAGUUUGGAGCAGGUGGGUCAUAUGGUCUGUGUCCCAAAUAGCACCAUAUUCUCUAUGUAGUGCACUACUUUUGACCAGGGCCCAUAGGGCUGUGGUCAAAAGUAGGGCACUAUGGGAAUAGGGUGCCAUUUGGGAUACAGUUACUAUGUACAGUUUUUAUAUGUAUACUGUGUGUGGUGACCUCUCAUUACAUCAACUAUUUGUUUGUGUAUUUUAUUGUACUGUAUUAUGUCUCACUUCUGUGCAGGCUGGAAAGAUUCAGUGGACCUUAGAUGAGAAGGUAGGGAUAUGCAGUAGAAGGGAUGAGAGAGAGUGUGUCACGUUGUGGUAGGAUAACUGUAGAUGUAGAUGUAGUGUACAUGUUAACAUAGAAGACUUUCAGACUAACCACAAUAAACCUCUAUCAAUUGUUUUUCACCUAAUCUACUGAACCAUUUUCAUGUGUGAGUGUCUGUGUACAACAGAGAUUAGGCCUAUAUGGAAGGUCUUCGUCAGGUUGACAAUAAACUCUACAGGAGGAUUACGCAUUAGUCAGUCCCUCCAGGAUUCAGAUGUUUUUUUUGUGGUUGCAAAAUCAUAAAUUCCCGCAUAUUAUGCAGGGCUUGCAAAUUUGACCAAUCACUGCACUAUUUCUGCAUAAAAUAGUCAAAUCAUCGCAAUAUUAUUGUAUAAAACUGACCCAUCACCGCAGUACAAAAAGAGGGCUUGUAAUUUCAACCAAUCACCGCACAUUUACCACAUAAUGUCAGAAUUGGCGCAGCAAAAUCAAGCAUUUUUGGCUGCAAAUAUCAUACAUCUCUGCGAAAUCCGUGAGGGACUGAUUAGAGUUAGGCUAUAUCUAUUCCAUUGAUGUGUUGUGGCUUCACUUUAGGACCUGCAGCAGGUGAUGGUGUCUGGUCCCAACCUGAAUGAGACCAGCAUCGUUUCUGGAGGCUACGGAGGACCUGCAGGGGGCAUCAUACCCACCUCCUCCAUCAAAGGUACACACAGCUCUACUGCUCUCACUAGUUGACUAGCUCCAUUAAAGGUACAGACAGCUCUCUAUCGCUCCCUACUGCUCUCACUGCAGUGCAUUACUGGAAUGUCCACUUAAUUAUGUCCACUUAGGCCUUAUUGAAUCAAUAAAUAGCCUAGUCCCUUUACCAAGGUCUGUGCUGCUUGCUUUGUUUAUUAGCAUUAAGAAUGGUGAAGACUACAUUUUCAACUGCCCCAAUGUGGUUUGUCAUGAUGGAAUUCAACUCAGUUUUUAUUUAUUUUAGGAGCUUGCCUGCAUGCUGUUCUGCAUCAGUGACUCUCUAUUUUGACCUAAUCUUCUGUUCUUUCAGGAGUCUAUGAGUAGCAGACAGUCUCUACUGUAUAGGCUAUUUUGAUUUUGAGAGCUACUUCCUACUCUCUCUUACUGACUAUCUUAACCAACCCUGUCCCCCAGGCCCUGCUAUCUGCUUCAACCCUCAGUAUGUGGACAGGAGACGCCCCCCUGCCCCUAACUGUGCCCUUGUCCCUGGAGCCGAACCUCAGGUCACAGGUGGCUUCACGCCUUUCAACCGCCUUCCACAUGACUGUAUAUUUCCCUCUUUAAAGGUAGAAUCAGCUAAAUGAUGUUGCCACGAGCAGCACUGCAGCUAUUGAGAUGAGCGAGAUGCAAGACUUCGCUCUCACACAGUGAUUACUGAUCAAUUCAUCUAUACAUUUAUAAUUAGUAGGUUUUUAUCUGUUUUAACAAACAUUUUUGUACUUGCAGUGCAUUCAGAAAGUAUUCAGACCCCAUAAUUGUUUUUUUCCCUCAUCAAUCUACACACAAUAGACCCUUUACUCAGUACUUUGUUGAAGCACCUUUGGCAGCGAUUACAGCCUUGAGUCUUCUUGGGUAUGACGCUACAAGCUUGGCACACCUGUAUUUGGGGAGUUUCUCCCAUUCUUCUCUGCAGAUCCUCUCAAGCUCUGUCAGGUUGGAUGGGGAGCGUUGCUGCACAGCUAUUUUCAGGUCUCUCCAGAGAUGUUCAAUCGGGUUCAAGUCCGGGCUCUGGCUGGGCCACUCAAGGACAUUCAGAGACUUGUCUUGAAGCCACUCCUGCGUUCUCUUGGCUGUGUGCUUAGGGUCGUUGUCCUAAUGGAAAUUGAACCUUCGCCCUAGUCUGAGGUCCUGAGCGCUCUGGAGCAGGUUUUCAUCAAGGACCUCUCUGUACUUUGCUCCGUUCAUCUUUCCCCUCGAUCCUGACUAGUCUCCCAGUCCCUGCCGCUGAAAAACAUCCCCACAGCAUGAUGCUGCCACCACCAUGCUUCACCGUAGGGAUGGUGCCAGGUUUCCUCCAGACGUGACGCUUGGCAUUCAGGCCAAAUAGUUAAAUCUUGGUCAGUUUGGCCAGGCGGCCAGCUCUAGGGAGAGUCUUGGUGGUUCCAAAGUUCUUCCAUUUAAGAAUGAUGGAGGCCACUGUUUUCUUGGGGACCUUCAAUGCUGCAGAAAUGUUUUGGCACCCUUCCCCAGAUCUGUGUCUCGGCACAAUCCUGUCUUGGAGCUCUACGGACAAUUCCUUCGACCUCAUGGCUUGGUUUUUGCUCUGACAUGCGCUGUCAACUGUGGGACCUUAUGUAGACAGGUAUGUGCCUUUCCAAAUCAUGUCCAAUUUGAAUUUACCCGAGGUAGACUCCAAUCAAGUUGUAGAAACAUCUCAAGGAUGAUCAAUGGAACCAGGAUGCAUCUGAGCUCAAUUUCGAGUCUCAUAGCAAAGGGUCUGAAUACUUAUGUAAAUAAGGUAUUUCAGUUUUUUUUUAUUCUUAAUACAUUAGCAAACAUUUCUAAAAACCUGUUUUCGCUUUUGUCAUUAUGGUGUGUGGAUUGAGGAGCACAUUUUUUUUAUUUCAUCCAUUUUAAGAAUAAGGCUGUAACGUAAGAAAAUGUGGAAAAAGUCAAGGGGUCUGAAUACUUUCCGAAUGCACUGUAUAUGUUUGUUUUUGUUGUUGUUUGAUUUUCAUGUAAGCCCUUGGGCUUCCAACCACACCCGUUUUAAUUUGUUUUUAUCUGGAUUGUUGUCUAUCACUUGUUUUCUUUGGUGCAAAUAAAUAAUAAUAGUCACACAGUAUCUGCGCAUGUGCACGGGUUCAUUUCACGCUGUUCACAGCGUGGUAGCCAGGGCACCAAUCUGAGAAGUUGAGCCUCGAGCUUCAACACUCUUAGUUGUUGCGGAAAUUGAUCCACUAUGCUGUUUACUCUCUGCAUCUACGUCAUACUGCUGAGUCUACCGUUAACCGUUUUUUUUCCCCUCUUGUCUUUUCUUCACCUGUUUACACUUUCAAGGGUAUUUUCAUUAGUUACUCUUUAAUUCUGUGGGAGAAUGAGCCUUGCCUGUAGCCUGGGUGCUGUUUAACCCCAGACACAGUUGAAGUCCCUCUCUUCAACAACACUGUGUACCUCUUGUCUACAGAUGUCACUGGAAAGAAGGGAAUGCUGCUGUACUGUCCAAUGCAUACUGAAUGCAUGUCAGUGGAUGUUAGCAAAAAAAACUAGCUGUUUACUAACCUGAUUGACUUCAUUGCAGAGCUGUUGGAUUUACUGUGUUAUGUUUGUGUGAAUGUUUCUAAUGAUGAAAUCCCAAAUGGAUAGGGCACUACUUUUGACCAGAGCCCUAUGGCUCCCCUGUAGGGAAUAGGGCGCCAUUUUGUAUGCAUCCUAUGUAUGCAAAUGUCACAUGAAGCGGUUAACUAAUGGAAUAUUGAGGUUCAUUAACUCACCACAUGACAUGUGCAUCAUUUCAUACAUUACUACUACUUAUGUUCUCAACAUGUUCAUAUUUCAUAUUUUUCUCCAUCUGCUUUUUAAUUCUGUUGUUUUUUCGACAUGGAAAACCUGCAUGACUCACUAUCACAUCCUCUCACCCCUGUAACACCUUCAUCUAUUUUCUCAAUCUCAUAUAUCGCAUAUCCUCACAUCUCCUCUCCCCAUCCUCCCCCUCCCAUCCCCCCAUGUCUAUUCCAGACCUGCGAAUGAAGUCCAGGGGACAGGGUGUAGGUCUGGUCCCCGUCCAGUCAGCAGCCAGCAGGAUAGCCAACCAGAACCAGACUGACCAGCCAUUCACAGGUACCACAGGACUAGGGUUGCAAAAUUACAGGUUUCCCAAAAUUACAGGUUCCCCAAAAUUCCCAGGUUUUCAAGAUAUCCUGGUCGGAAGAUUUCCGGAAUUGGAAGGUAAUUCCAGAAUUACUAUAAGCACUAAAUCCUGAAUUCUGCAACCAUGGUUUCUGGAAAACGUGGACAUUUUUACCUGGGAAUGUUACUGGAACUUUGCAGCCCUACACUGGACUCAUACAUCACCACCCUCCUUUACUCUGCUUCACCCUGUUCACUCAUUCAUUUCAUUCACUCUCAACCGAUCACUCAAUCACUGUCAUACUAUUUGUCUCAAAGACAUACUUGGUACAUGAAAGGAAUAUUUCAGGUGUUUGCUUUGGGGAGUAGUGAUGAGGAGAGUGCCCAAGGAAGCACUGAUCUGCCUUUGUGUGUAAUCUGUGUAUCAUAGAGCUACUGACUGAAGCUGGUUUUGUGACAGGGUUCAUAGUAAAUGAGAUGGAAGGUCCAUCUUAUUUACUAUAGACUUUAUCAACUAGGUCUCAGCAACCAACCACUUUUAAGAGUGAGCAUGUUGUUUAUUAUCCUUUGUGUCAGGGUCGGGGAUGUGCCACAGUAAUAGCAACCAGAACAUGUCAGCGGAGGAGGCUAACCGUGGUGUGGCUGUGGAGAAACUAGACAGUGUUAAAAAGUGGGGCAUCAACACCUACAAGGUACAGAACAAAACCUGUCUCCUGGGGAUAAUGUCUUGAAGCCAUACUUCACUGAAUCCUCACUGUGUUUUAUGGGUGUGAUUGCGACAGCACUGGUAUGAUCAUUUGUCUUCAUACAAGAGUAACUGUUCUAUUCGGUUCUAUUCUGAUCACAUCUCUCCAGUGUGCCAAGCAUAUAUUUUUCUUAAAACUGCAUUGUUGGUUAAGGGCUUGUAUGUAUUCUCAUCACCUCUUCUGUUCUGUCCUUUAUCCUAAUCACAUCUCUCCAUCUUUACACCAGUGUACCAAGCAGAUGUUUUCGGAGCGGUUUGGCCGUGGUUCUCGGACGGUGGACCUGGAGCUGGAGGCCCAGAUAGACGUGCUCAGGGACACCAAGAGGAAAUACGAGUCUGUCCUGAGACUGACCAGCGCCCUGACCAGCCACUUCUACAACAUGGUCCAGACCCAGCAGGCCCUGGGGGACACCUUCGCGGACCUCAGCCAGAAAUCACCUGAACUACGGGUGAGAAAGACCUCUUACCCCUGAAUUCUGACCCCUGACCUUAACCCGUAGACCUCAGCCCAGCCAGAAAUCAGCUGCAGAUGGCACACUGUGUGAAAUUGGCCUCCAGAAAUGUGGCCUGAAAAUCCAAGCUGUAAUUUUUGGUUGGAAACGAAGCCUAUGAGUUUCACUUUGGAAUCCAGGCUACCUUCCUGAAUUGUAAUCAAUCCAUAAAUACCUCAUGUAGAGGAACAGUCAGUAUGUAAACGCAAGUGUUUGUGUCCACAGGAUGAGUUUGGCUACAACGCAGAGACCCAGAAGUUGUUGUGUAGGAACGGGGAGGCUCUGCUUGGAGCCAUCAACUUUUUUGUGUCCAGCAUCAAUACACUGGUCAACAAGACCAUGGAGGACACAUUGAUGACCAUCAAACUGUACGAGGCUGCAAGGUAAUAAUAAAGAUGGGAAGAUUAGAAAGGUGCAGGGCCUGGAGAUACUGUAGUAGUUUCCUCCUUAUAACACAACAGUUUCAAAUGAUCAUACUGCCAAAUGAUGAGGUUUACAGUCUUUUUUACACAGAUCUGUGCUCCUUUACACCACACAAAUGUGGCCCUAUAUCUAUGAUUGCCAGAUACAUUAUAUAAAGUGUGUUUGUCUACAUGACAUCAUAGUUCUGUGUGUCAUGCUGAAGUUUGUGUACCAUGCAGACCUGGAGGAGGUGAACCUGGGUUUGUGGGUUAUACGUUGUUAUAGGGUGUUAUGUGGGUGUUUUAUAGGAUUGGGUGGUAUACCGUAUACUGAGGUAUUUGGAAAAAGCCACGGGAUGGUUUUUCAAUACUGUCAAAACUAUUUAUUUCAAUAAAUCUGAAUAUUUCUAGCUACUUUUUAAGUUAAUACCUGCAGUCAACUUGUGCAAUACGUUAGGAGAUAAAGCAGAAGCAGAUUGUGUUCAUUUCACCUGUCAAAUUAUUUUACAUUAUGAAGCUUACUGUAGUUCCCCAGAACAGUUAAGCCAGUCACGUGUUUGUUUGUAAAUAGCACAAUGGGAAACAGCUGGAGUUCAUAGCGUUCUUUAUCAAUCAGUGAGUCUCUGUUGUGCGGUGCACAUGAGGUGAUGAAGUUACUAACUGUUUGCCAUGAGAUAUCUUAUAAUGGCUUUCUGCCAGAAGUCAAAGCGCUCUGGAUAGGUUAUCUGUACAGCUGCCAUUUGUUCCCUAUGCUUCCAACUAGUGUUUUUUUCCUCCUCCGUUCUUCUCCCCUCUGCUCCGUGUACACAUGAUGCUCUUCCUUCAGAAAAGCAUGCAUCACAACUUUGUUCAUUUGCACAAUUUCUCUCAUUCACUUUCACUUUUAAAUGUCUACACUCACCGAAGAUGACAUUUGGUAGCUACUAGCUAUGCUUGUAUAACUUUGAGCUGAAUUUGCCUGUCUUUGCAAUUCAUUUAUGUUCAUUUUCUCUCGUUAGCAUUUAGCGAACAGCGUUUGAGAUGUAUUUUGUUUUUAGUGCCCCCUUGUGUACUAUGCCGGUAAUACCGUAAAUCCCGGGAUGGCAGAAGAACAAACGGUAUGACGGUAUGAAAAUCUGGAUACCGCCCAAGCCUAUUUUUAUAUGCUGCCUCUCCUCCCCUUUCUCUCUCCCAGGCUGGAGUUUGAUGCGUACAGGGCCGACCUGGAGGAGUUGAGUCUGGGUCCUCGUGAUGCUGCCACCAUGGUGCGUAUAGAGCUGUCCCAGCAGCAGUACCAGGUGCAGAGAGACAAGUACGAACGACUGCGCUCAGACGUCACCAUCAAACUCAAGUUCCUGGAGGAGAACAAGGUGGGUUAGUUAGUUAAUUGGUUAGUUAGGUGGUUAGUUAGUUUACAAUAAUGCUACAUCUCUCUCUCUCUCCCUCCCUCUCUCUCUGUCUCUCUCUCUGUGUGUAGGUGAAGGUGAUGCACAAGCAGCUGCUCCUCUUCCAUAAUGCUAUCUCAGCCUACUUCGCUGGGAACCAGCAGCAGUUGGAACAGACACUGAGACAGUUCAACGUCAAGUUAAAGCCCCCA